AUGCCAACCGCCCCAGACGCCACUAACGUGCUUGGUGAGGUUGAGGCUGGCCGAUACAGGUUUGACAAGCUGUUCAUCCUCAUGGAGAGAUCUUUCGAGGAUCUGCUUGUGGUGAGCAAGCUCUGUGCCUCCGUGGCGCCCGAAAUCAUGCACGACAAGGGCAAGAACAGGGUGCACCCUGAGUGGACGGAGGCCUUGGUGAAGCAGGCGGAGACGGACCUCGUCUCUUCAACCCGCCACUGGAUGGAGAUCAUGCAUUGGUCCGAUGGAGCUGGGGAGGUAAUUCUCGAUGUGCUCACCGUGCGACCAGAGGCUCAGAACAGCAACUACAAUCCAAUUCCCAGGCGAGCGAGGUUGCCCUCGGGCGUGCAGAUGGUGUGCCGGUACGAGUCUGCAAGGACUUGGGAGUGGGACCAGGAGACUGGGGCAGCGCCUUGGCACUCGCUGCUUUGUCCGGGUGGGCUCAGCAUCUACGCGAAGCGCGGCACCUUCAGCAAGCGCGCCAGGAUGCUGGAGUCCUUGCUGUGGUGGCGCCAAAGACGAGGCAAUCAGCUGUUUGGCUCGCAGAACGUGUCGAACAUGCUGAAUGCCCCCGCGAGAGCUUUCGACUUCCAGCCUGAGGCUAGCAUCGUCCGAGACAAGGAGAGUGUCCCGGUGAAGGUGCGGCAGUUGAAGCUUCCUGGCAUCGUGAAUCCGGAUGUGAUGCACAUUCUCGCGUAUACCCAGAACCACAACAUUCUUUUGAAGCCUACGGGGCAGGCGAUUAUCCAGUAUGCCUGGGAUCAUGUCGCCAGGUACUACUACUGGACAUACGUCUUCUACCAGGUCAUCACCCUCGGCAAUCUUGUAGUGGAGGUGGUGUCUCCGGCGGACACCUUCUGGGGCCGGCGUCUUCGCUGGAGUCUCCUUGCCGUGCUCGCGCACCUGGAGCUUUUCUACGAGUUCUGGGAAAUGGCCGGGUACCUUUGCUACCUCCAGCAUGCGGGCCCACGCUACCUCACAAAGUUGGAGAACCUUUACAACUGGGUGUCUAUCAUUCUGCUGAUGGUGCUGGUCUGGUGGACAUCCAGCGAUGUAACUCUUCAGGAGAUACCGAUCAUGCUCUCCGUGCUGGUUCUUUUCCGUUGGAUCCAGCUGACGUGGAGUUGCAGGGCCUUCGAAUAUGUUGGGGAGAAGAUCCUGCCAAUCUUGCAGGCCUCUUUCUCCACCUCCAUUGGCGGGAUCCUGGUGGUGACCUUUUGUGUGCUCGUGGGCUUUGUGCAUGGAGCUCUGGCACUGGAGCUUGGGCAUGAACUUCCGCAGCACUACAAAGUGGUAUUGGGAGCACUGAAGCUGCUGCUUCUGGGUGACGGAGAUGGUAUUGAUGUUGCCCUCACCGUCGGCGGUGCACCGGAGGAAGGAACGCCACUGACCUUUGUGUUCCUCCUUACUGCCAUGGUCGUCUUCUGUGUUUGUGUCCUGAACCUCUUCAUUGCGGUCCAUGGAGAGGCUUACAGUCGGGCGCAAGACAAGGCGUACACCAGCUUCCUGCAGGAGCGAGCUGGGAUAUGUCUUCAUUGCCUGCUGAGACCAUCUUGGCCACCCCAUUGCAUACCAAUUCGCGUGCCACAUCGGAUUCUUUCCUACCUGAGCUUAGAGCUGGUCGCCAUCGCCGCCUGGGCGCUGAUGCUGCAAGAGCCAUCCAUCCACUACCUCAUCCCGACGGGACUUCUCUGUGGCAGUGCGAUGUUGGGCGAUUCCAUCCUCGUGCAGCGCCCAUGGAACAAGACCAAGGGGGAGCAGUACUACCUCUGGAUGUGCUACAAGGAAAGCUUGGACAAGUCGACGAACGUGCCGGAUAGCGCCGACAUGUACAAUGCGCUUGAGAAGGAAGUACGGCUGGUCUCAAAGCAGUUCGAGCGGCAAACGCGUAGCUUUGCCGAUCAGGUCCAGGGUUUGAAGGAGCGACUGCAAGGCCUGGAGUCCUCAGUGGAGAAGCUCGCGGACACGGCAGAGUACGUGUCUGGGAGACGGGGAUGGCCGACCAUCAUGGAGUGA